AUGGCGGAGGACCUUGCCCUACCGCUUGCUCGGCAGACCCCUGACUGGGCGACGGAGCCCUGCCACGAUCAGUACCGGUCAUGCGAACUGGACCCAGGCCAAGCCGGAGACCGGGAGCAGGACCAUGAAAGUCCGAUGUUUGCUGUAGACAUGGACAGUAUGCCGAUCCGAGCAUGCUACCCACUUCGUGCUGCUGUCGUUCAAGCGAAACAGCAGUGGUACUCCGAGCGGGCGGAGCAGAACUACAGCUUUCCGCCCAGUGGCAUGGUGUUGCACCUGUCUGACGCAGACUGCGGCAAGCUGCAGCGGGAGAACGGCGACAUUUACUGGGCCCACCUGAUGAGCGCCAUCAUCGACGGCACAGAGCAAGUGAGAGAUGACGGCCUUGUCGAGGGCCACGCUUACUCACUUCUCUUCGCUUUGGAGGUGCCAACGCUGCGAGGCACCAUGCGGAUGCUCAUGCUCAGAAACCCCUGGGGUGGAGACAAGGAGUGGAAAGGCCGAUGGUCGGACAAUCAUCCCCUGUGGUCGCAGCACCAGGAGGUGAAGUCGAAGCUGAGACCGAAGUUCGAGAAUGACGGCGUUUUCUGGAUGCAGUGGGAGGACUUCCAAAGCAUCUUCGACUCCGUUCACAUCUGCCAGAAGUCCAUGCUCGAAGGGGAGGCGCUUCGACGGUUCCGCGCGGGCCUGCAGGACUUCAGCCAUUUCGAUCCGGCACGGGCCAGCCGUGCGCGCGGCAUCGCGGCGAAGGCGAAGGUGAUCGCUUUGGCGAAGAUGGGGCUGCUCCGUCAGCGGAUGGCGAAGGAAGCUGGCACCCCAGUGGAAGGCACUCAGAGCACAGGGACGCAAUGCUUCUCCUUCCGCGCACAGGACAAGGUGGAGAGCAAACCAGCGGAGGGUACCGAAGGUACCCAAAGCACAGGUACCCAGUUCUUCUCCUUCUCAGCGGGGGACAAGGCCGCUGUACACCCGCGAGAGCAGCGACCGGGCAGCAAAGGCGAAGAAGGAGCCUGUGGGACUUCGAGUACUGGGACGCAGGUCUUCUCCUUCGCGGAAAAUGACAAGGCAGCCCAUGCGCGGGAGCGAGCAGCUGCAGGUGCUGGUGACGAAGGAGCUUGCGGGACCUCGAGCACGGGGACACAGUUCUUUUCCUUCGCGGAGAACGAGAAGGCACAGAUCCACGCGCGAGAGCGAGCGGCCGCAGGCAAAGUUGAUGAAGGCGCCAGCGGGACG